AAGCAAUCGUCUUAUUUCACAAUGGAUCCAGCACAACUCUCGCGACUGGGCCGAGACUUGAGAUUUCAACCUGUACCCGCCGCGACCGAUGAUCUCAAAGAGACGUUAAAGAAGUUACAAGACCUCGCCGAAGUGGCCACGCAGGGCAACAGUUUAGCACUUUUCACCGGGCUGGAGCUUGUCGCGCCACCCACGCGAGAUUUGGAGAAGCUGGCUAAGGAACAGAUGUCGCCUAGAGAGGUCCUCCUCUAUGAGACAUGGAAGGCUAGGAAGCCAGAUCCUAACGUCGAGGGAAGCCUGCUCCCGAGCUUUGAAUGGGACGCGAAUGUGGCUCCGGUCCGUCAAGGAGCGCAUAGUCUGAAGAAGCUCACCAAGCGGGCGGCGGCCAUGGGUGUGGUCUUCGAUCAUCAGGGCGCUACGCCGGAGAACGCUGCAUGGCUGACUUUUCACAUCCCGAAAACAUCGCCGCGGGUUAAGGCGGUGAGUAGAAUCUUAUACUGUAAGCAAAGCCUCGAGCAGCAGAGCCGGGCUCACUCUCGCGGACUGGCCGGCAUGGAGGCCGCGGAGCUUGAGACUAUCCGCAAGAUUGUGGCCGUGGCAGAGGUCAACACAAACCGCGAGCUGGUAAGGAUGCGCCGAUUGGCUCGGUUGAUCAAAGAGUCUGCGUCGAUCCUUAAGUCCCGCGCAGAGGCUUUGCAGAAAUCUCGAGACCCUGUCUCAGCUUUACAUGAGGAGAACUGAAUGGGUCUCCUAUCCAGAGAUCAUGAUGAAUCAUGGAAUUAAAGGAGGGAAGCAGACGCGGGUGGUCGGGAGAGUCUUGAUAAGGGCUUGAUAAGGCGAAAAGAAGAAACAAUAGCGGUAGAGAUGAGUUGAUGGACACGUCAAAUCGAG